UUAAUAUAAGCUGUAUUUCACUCCAAAAAAGAAAAAUCCAAGUGAAAUCGGUCCUCUUAAUACUAUCGUAUGAAGUAAGCAGUUACGUACAACCAAACGGUCAGGGUUGCAGUGAAUUUUUUUCUCCAUUUUUUGGACAUGAGCUGAUCUCUAAGCAGGAUCGAUUCCUUAUUCGUUCUUCGCCAGGGGUAGUAGGGUUUCGUUGAAAUUGCACGAGCGCAAUGGAAGAAGAAAUUCAAAAUAAACUCCAAUCCGAAGUCCAACAUCACGAGUUAGGGCUCCAGCUCCAAUCUCUGACAAAUCAAUCGCUUCCGCCUAAUGCCUAUCCUCAAACCCCUGUUGAAAGCACACCACUGCUGUCUGAAGAUAAUGAAGGUGAGGUUGAUGAAGAAGAUGAGAAAGCUAUGCAAAUCAUCUGCAAUGAGCUUCAGGACUUGGUGCUGAGUCAGGCGUAUCACGAUCGUGAGACAAACCUGAGCUUAGAGGAAUCAGGCAAACCUUGCGAUGGAUAUGACGGUUAUGGGUAUGGAUAUAGUGAUCACAAUGGGUACAAUAUAUAUGGUGAUGAUGAUAUGACCGGAGAUGGGGUUGAUAUUCGAAAUGGGGUUGAUGAAGUUUCUAUUGAAGGGGACAAAGCUGGUGAUGGGUGGUUUUAUUCUAGUGUUGGUCAUGGUAAGAAAUUUGUUUUCAACUAUCCUUUGAGACCCGAUGCAGAGGAUUGUGCCUUCUAUGUCAAAACUGGCACCUGCAAAUUUGGAUUCCAUUGCAAGUUCAAUCACCCCAGACUAAAAUCUCAGUGGCCUAAAGACAAGGGGAUGCUAAAAGAAAAUAACCCAGAAAGAACAGUGCAGUCAGAAUGCAAGUAUUACCUAACUACAAGUGGCUGCAAAUAUGGGAAAAACUGCAAAUACAAUCAUAGCAGGGAAAAGUUUCAAGUGUCACUGGUUCAGGAGUUUAAUUUCCUUGGCCUGCCAAUGCGAACGGGAGAAAAGGAAUGUCCAUACUAUAUGCGUACUGGCUCAUGCAAGUAUGGAUCAAACUGCAGAUUUCAUCAUCCUGAGCCCACCAUUGUGGCAGGAGAUGACUCUUCUUCUUCUGGAUAUAACAAAGGACGAUCUGUUGCAAUGCAAGGUACCGCUCAGUCAAAUGUGAGUUCUUGGUCUCAUUCGUCCAGAGCAAUGCAUGAGACAACAUCAUAUGCUCCUCCUAUGAUGUAUCCCCCAACUCCAGCCAUUCCUUCUCCCUCUCCAGAUUGGAGUAGUUAUCAGGCACCCAUCUACCAAACAUCUGAGAAGAACCUUCCUACACCUCCUGCAUUUGCCAUGAGCAAUUCUGUGAUAGAAAAGUUCAACCCGACUCAUGUUCCACAAUUUUCACAAUCACCUUUGCUUGGUGAAGAUUAUCCUGAAAGACCUGGUCAACCUGAAUGCAGUUACUUCAUAAAAACUGGUGACUGUAAAUAUAAAUCUAAUUGCAAGUUUCAUCAUCCAAAGAAUCAACUGCCCAGGAUGCAAGCACUUUUUAAUGACAAGGGCCUGCCUCUAAGACCUGAACAAGCAACCUGCUCAUUUUAUAGUCGUUAUGGAAUUUGCAAGUUUGGACCGACUUGUAGAUUCGACCAUACCGAUCAUUACAGCCACCCGCCUUCUGCAUGGUCAGAUUUUGAGCAGCCUCAAUUUGGUAGGUCUGAGGCUAUGGAUGGGAAUAGGGUGGGAGUGAGGAAAGGAAAUGGAAGCGGAUCUUUAGUAAAACAGUCUGUGUAAGUUUCAGUAGUUUCUGCCCACAUGCUGUGCGUGUGAUGAUCUACUAUGACUUGCAGCGAGUGUUUUUACUUGAACAACCAAGUGCUGGGUUAUGAUCGUGAAAUUUCAGCACGCUCCAUAUUCAAGAUGCCUAAGCCAGGAAUAUGAUUUUGUAAAUUACACAUCACUGUUUUGUUGCGGUGGUAGAUAUUUCACGUCAUUGUUGCUACUCACAAUGGCUUUUUAUUUAUUUAUAUAUUUAUAUAUGUGCUUACAAAUAUUUUCAAGUAUUCUUGAAUUUUGGUAUUGCUGAAUAGCAUUCCAUCAUUCAUGUGUCCCAGUCCUCUCCUGAACCAUAUGAAUCACUCGUAAGGCUGUCUUUAAUACAUCCUUCCUAAACUAACGACACUGGUGGGAGGUCUCCUGAUUUAGUCUUAUCUUUUGUAAUAAAAUAUGAGGCAACA